AUGUUAGGGAGUGCUUUUGGUUGGAUUUCGCUCCUAUUUGAGCCGUUAGCCUUUCAAGUUCCUCUCAUUCAACCACAGCCAAGACUCAAAGCGGAAAAUAAUAUAGCGAUUCCGGAUCAGGGCCCCUGGCAAGAGAUUAUCACCGGUCAUUAUGCCAUUCCGCCCGUAUUGAAAAUUCAUGAUCGGAAUAGUGUCGUCAAAUGGAGUUGGCAACGAGAAGAUUCAUUUCAACGAUGCGACCGAUAUGAAGUGGAUGCGAGGGGGAGAAGUGUGGCCGCCGUCUACAGUGCUCUGGUCAUCGUGGUCAAUCACACUCCCGAUCAACCUUCGACCGAUAAGAAAAUUACUUUCGCCCUCAACAGAGCGAAUGAUGUGUUGCACAAUGCCCAUACCAUCGAGCCUUUGCCUGGUGAUCGUCUCGCCGUCGGAACCACCGGACAACGACCGUGGGAUGGCAUUUUGGUGUACAACAUGAGCGAGGCUCUCCCCCUCGUCGAUGAACCCCCGGUAUUACAAAAGAUUGAAGGUCUGCCGGCGAUCCAUGCCUUGAUCUGGGAUGAGCAGGGCCAGAUGUUGUGGGCGACCGGCACCGACGUUGCUGCCGAUGGCUCCGAUGCCGUCCCCGCCCACGGGAUCAUUCAGGGAUACCCCUUCGAUGCCGAGACUGGUCUCCUCAGCAUCGAUGAAGCCUAUCGAUUCCGAUUCCCGGAAUACUACGAUAUCGACGCCGAAUGGGGACAUGGAUAUAGCUGGUGGGCUGGACCCCACGAUCUCGUCCCCGUGCCCAACGAACGUGUCUUUCUCGUCUCCAAUGAUAUCGGUCUUCACGCCUUUGAUAUUGAGAAGAUGAACUUCACUGCCGCAUACGACGAAGUCAUCGAGAAAUAUAUGCCCGGCUUUGAGGUCACCACCAACGAUCGUCAUGGGAUGAACCGCGCGGGAGAAUAUGUGGACUUGCCGCAGUCGGACCUCAAGGGGUUCAGUCUCGCCCCCGAUGGAAGCUUCAUUUAUACCCAGUCUCUAUGGACCCUCUUCCGAGGAAACUAUACCAGUCUCGUGGUCGAUGGAGUGCGGACCAAGCUCAUGGUAGGGGAUGAAAUCUAUCGGUCGCGAUGGUUCGGAGACAUUGAUGGCUGGCCUAAACCAAAGUACUAG